AUGAGGUCCAAGCGCGUGCACCCCACAGCGGCCAGGCGGGCAUUUUCCCGCGCCGGCGCCGGCGCCGGAGCUCCGAUCUCCCCUCGUACUGACGGGAGCGCCCGGAAAAGGCUCCGGCGAUUGCCGCAUGUUUUCCGGACCGUCCUCGAAUUGCCUUGCAGGUCAGACGCUGACGUCGCCGUCCAGGAGUUUCCGGGUUACUUCCGAUUCAUUGCCGACGUCGGAGAUUUCGGGUCGGAGCAGGUCAGGGCGCGAGCCAUGGAGGUCAUCCCCGGCUUGAUAAAGAUCGUCGUUAGGGAUUACGACGAAAAUGACGAUGACGACAGCGAGCAGCUGCUUAUGGACAAAUUGGAGAUGGACGCAUGGCGAUUUCGAUUCCCAUCGUCGACUCGGCCGGAGAUGGUGGCGGCGGAGUUCGUUGGAGGAUUGCUCGUCGUGACGGUGCCCAAGGGCUGGGAGCUCGGCAACGAAGGAGAUGCUUGGCAUAGUCCCGGACUUGUCCUUGUCCGAUGA